AUGAUCUGCAUGGCGUUCGCUACUCUCAAUUCUUGGACUGCUCUGGCUGCAAGUCUAAGUGUGGCUUUACCGUCCAGUAGUCCGCACGAUCCUAUGGGGAUUAUAUAUCAUGGGGAAGUUCGACGAUUUCCUAUAAUUACUAUUGAUAAUGAACCAUGUGUACUACUUAAAGAUAUUAAGAAUGAUUUUCCAAAAAUAACAUCUUUGAGUUUAAAUGGUUGUCGUAUCAUAUUCUUAAGUGAUAAUAAAGGAAAUCGAUUAAAACCACCAAGAAUAGUGGCACAACCAGAUGAAAUAUUUGAUGGUAAUGAAGCACGUUGUGUAACAGCUGAACGUCGUGCGAACGAAAAGAUAGACCAAAUUAGUCGAGAGAUUAUUGAUAUUGGACAUAGAUUGACUGGAAGAAAUGAUGCUGCAUUUCGACUGAUGUAUGGACUAGCUGAAUUUACCAUACCCGUCUCUUCAUUGUUUUACCAGAUCCAAGAAGAAGAGCAGCCGCAUUUGGCGUUACAUGAAGGUUACUUUAUAAAAAAACCAAAAGAAUUCUUAAUUGAAUAUGGUCCGCAUUUACGUGCCAUGAUAACUAUUAUGAAAGCAGCUGUGACAGCUGCAGGUUUCGUUAUUCCGGCUUUAGUUAACGUUGUACCAAGUAUAAAAAUACCAGAUUUACUAAAAGACUACGAAGUUUUGGACAAGUUUCUCGAUGCACUUAAUAAAAUGGAUAACGUAUUAGAUGAAGUCACUCAGCCAGUUUCUUCAAAUACCCCGCAGCGUGUAGAAGGUGUCGAUUUGCGAAAACUUCAAACAUUUUUAGAACGAGCUGAUAAGUGUAGGACGCUCGGUAACUUAUCUCGUACAACAACAGACACGGGUAAUGUUCGAUGGGUUUGCCUUUUGCAUUACGAUAAAAAUUACACUACAAUACGUAAUGAAGACAUGAUAAGACAAUUUGAAACGACUGUCGGUGUAUACAAAAAAGAAACGGCUACAGCUACAGUUAAAUCACGAAAACUUUCGAGUGAAAAUAUAAAGAUGCUCCGUGAUUCAAUCAAAAAUGGAUUCGACAUACGUGAACUUAGUUUAGACAAAUGUGAACUGUCUCAAUCGGAUUUUGAUAAAUUAUUAUUAGUUAUUAAGCAUAAUUCAUUGCUGAAAGUAUUGACAUUGAAUGACAUCAAAGUUAAACCAAUGUUUGGAAGGGAACUCAGUUGUGACGAGAUCGAUGGUAAACUUGACGCGAUUUUAGCUGAUAAAAAAGAUUUAGAUAUAAAUUUUCUUAUUGCCAAACGAAGCUUCGAAUCGUUACAACUCGUUGAAUUUCCGAGACCGUCCAUAGCAGAAUCGACCUUUUUGAAAAGUCAUGGUACCUUCCGAGUGUCUAAUUUCGCACUCGUACAGCUAGUUCGAAGGGCUUAA